CGAUGAUUGAGUCCAUUAAGCACCGAUUUGGGAGGAUUUAUUCCAGGUCAAUUUUUGGCAGAUUCCAAUGGGGUACCAUCACAGAUUUCAGGCGAUUUAUUCGAAAUGCCAUUUUCUUUCGAUUCUGGAGGCUAUAGAUCACGGAAUCAGGCCGAGGCUAUUCUCCACCGAUAAUGAAGUCUAUUGAUCCUAUUCUCCACGGAUGAUAAGCCCGUUAAGCAUCAAUUUGGGCCAAUUUAUUUUCGGAUGGGAUUUUCGUAAUUUCUUGGGCGACGAAAGGCCAUUUUCUUUGGAUAUUGAAGGCUACAGAUCACGGAUUCGGCUUUUUGGCAUAUUCCAAUGGGGUACCAUCACAGAUUUUGGGCGAUUUAUCCGAAAUGCCAUUUUCUUUCGAUUCUAGAGGCUACAGAUCACGGAAUCUGGACAAGGCUAUUCUCCACCGAUAAUGAAGUCUAUUGAUCCUAUUCUCCACGGAUGAUAAGCCCGUUAAGCAUUGAUUUGGGCCAAUUUAUUUUCGGAUGACAUUUUCGUAAUUUCUUGAGCGAACAAAGGCCAUUUUCUUUGUAUAUUGAAGGCUACAGAUCACGGAUUCAGGCUGAGGCUAUUCUCCAACGAUGAUUGAGUCCAUUAAGCACAGAUUUGGACGGAUUUAUUCCGGGUCAAUUUUUGGCAGAUUCCAAAGGGGCACCAUCACAGAUUUCAGGUGAUUUAUGCGAAAUGCCAUUUUCUUUCGAUUCUAGAGGCUAUAGAUCACGGAAUCAGGCCGAGGAUAUUCUCCACCGAUAAUGAAGUCUACUGAUCCUAUUCACCGCGGAUGAUAAGCCCGUAAAGCAUCGAUUUGGGACAAUUUAUUUUAGGAUGGCAUUUUCGUAAUUUCUUGGGCGACCAAAGAACAUUUUAUUUGGAUAUUGAAGGCUACAGAUCACGGAUUCUGCCUGAGGCUAUUUUCCAACGAUGAUUGAGUCCAUUAAGCACCGAUUUGGGCGAAUUUAUUCCAGGUCAAUUUUUGGCAGAUUCCAAAGGGAUACCAUCACAGAUUUCGGGCGAUUUAUCCGAAAUGCCAUUUUCUUUCUAUUCUGGAGGCUACAGAUCACGGAAUCAGGCCGAGGCUAUUCUCCACCGAUAAUGAAGUCUAUUGAUCCUAUUCUACACGGAUGAUAAGCCUGUUAAGCAUCGAUUUGGGCCAAUUUAUUUUCGGAUGGCAUUUUCGUAAUUUCUUGGGUGACAAAAGGCCAUUUUCUUUGGAUAUUGAAGGCUACAGAUCACGGAUUUGGACUGAGGCUAUUCUCCAACGAUGAUUGAGUCCAUUAAGCACCGAUUUGGGUGGAUUUAUUCCGGGUAAAUUUUUGGCAGAUUCCAAAGGGGUACCAUCACAGAUUUUGGGCGAUUUAUCCGAAAUGCAAUUUUCUUUCGAUUCGGGAGGCUACAAAUCACGGAAUCAGGCCGAGGCUAUUCUCCACCGAUAAUGAAGUCUAUUGAUCCUAUUCUCCACGGAUGAUAACUCCGUUGAGCAUCGAUUUGGGCCAAUUUAUUUUCGGAUGGUAUUUUCGUAAUUUAUUGGAUAUUAAAGGCCAUUUUCUUUGGAUAUUGAAGGCUACAGAUCACGGAUUCGGCCUGAGGCUAUUCUCCAACGAUGAUUGAGUCCAUUAAGCACCGAUUUAGGCGGAUUUAUUCCGGGUCAAUUUUUGGCAGAUUCCAAAGGGGUACCAUCACAGAUUUCGGACGAUUUAUCCGAAAUGCCAUUUUCUUUCGAUUCUGGAGCCUACAGAUCACGGAAUCAGGCCGAGGCUAUUCUCCAACGAUAAUGAAGUCUAUUGGUCAUAUUCUCAACGGAUGAUAAGCCCGUUAAGCAUCGAUUUGGGACAAUUUAUUUUCGGAUGGCAUUUUCAUAAUUUCUUGUGCGCCGAAAGGCCAUUUUCUUUGGAUAUUGAAGGCUUACUGAUCACGGAUUUGGCCCGAGGCUAUUCUCCAACAAUGAUUGAGUCCAUUAAGCACCGAUUUGGGCGGAUUUAUUCGGGGUCAAUUUUUGGCAGAUUCUAAAGGGGUACCAUCACAUAUUUCGGGCGAUUUAUCCGAAAUGCCAUUUUCUUUCGAUUCUGGAGGCUACAGAUCACAGAAUCAGGCCGAGGCUAUUCUCCACCGAUAAUGAAGUCUAUUGAUCCUAUUCUUCACGGAUGAUAAGCCCGUUUUGCAUCGAUUUCGGACAAUUUAUUUUCGGAUGGCAUUUUCGUAAUUUCUUGGGCGACUAAAGGCCAUUUUCUUUGGAUAUUGAAGGCUACAGAUCACGGAUUCGGUCUGAGGCUAUGUUCCAACGUUGAUUGAGUCCAUUAAGCACCGAUUUGGGAGGAUUUAUUUCGGGUCAAUUAUUGGCAGUUUCCAAAGGGGUACCAUCACAGAUUUCGAGCUAUUUAUCCGAAAUGCCUUUUUCUUUCGAUUCUGGAGGCUACAAAUCACAUAAUCAGGCCGAGGCUAUUCUCCACUGAUAAUGAAGUCUAUUGAUCCUAUUCUUCACGGAUGAUAAGCCCGUUUUGCAUCGAUUUAGGACAAUUUAUUUUCGGAUGGCAUUUUCGUAAUUUCUUGGGUGCCGAAAGGCCAUUUUCUUUGGAUAUUGAAGGCUACUGAUCACGGAUUUGGCCCGAGGCUAUUCUCCAACUAUUAUUGAGUCCAUUAAGCACCGAUUUGGGCGGAUUUAUUCGGGGUCAAUUUUUGGCAGAUUCCAAAGGGGUACCAUCACAUAUUUCGGGCGAUUUAUCCGAAAUGUCAUUUUCUUUCGAUUCUGGAGGCUACAGAUAACGGAAUCAGGCCGAGCUAUUCUCCACCUAUAAUGAAGUCUAUUGAUUCUAUUCUUCACGGAUGAUAAGCCCAUUUUGCAUCAAUUUGGGGCAAUUUAUUUUCUGAUAGCAUUUACGUAAUUUCUUGGGCAACGAAAGUCUAUUUUCUUUGGAUAUUGAAGGCUACAGAUCACGGAUUCGGCCCGAGGCUAUUCUCCAACGAUGAUUGAGUCCAUUAAGCACAGAUUUGGGCGGAUUUAUUAGGGGUCACUUUUUGGCCGAUUCCAAAGGGGUACCAACACAGAUUUCGGGCGAUUUAUCCGAAAUACCAUUUUCUUUCGAUUCUUGAGGCUACAGAUCACGGAAUCAGGCCGAGGCUAUUCUCCACCGAUAAUGAAAUCUAUUGAUCCUAUUCUCCACGGAUGACAAGCCCGUUAAGCAUCGAUUUGGGCCAAUUUAUUUUUGGAUGGCACUUUCGUAAUUUCUUGGGCGACGAAAGGCCAUUUUGUUUGGAUAUAGAAGGCUACAGAUCACGGAUUCGGCCUGAGGCUAUUCUCCAAUGAUGAUUGAGUCCAUUAAGCACCGAUUUGGGCGGAUUUAUUCCGGGUCAAUUUUUGGCAGUUUCCAAAGGGGUACCAUCACUGAUUUCGGGCGAUUUAUCCGAAAUGCCAUUUUCUUUCGAUUCUGGAGGCUACAGAUCACGGAAUCAGGCUGAGGCUAUUCUCCACUGAUAAUGAAGUCUAUUGAUCCUA